UGGUCAUAGUCAGCUAGUUCGAAAUAAUAGUGAUAAUUGCAUUAACGCAAUCGUGUAAACUAUUUUAUGAACUGAAUAUCCGGAAUAUAUUGUACUGUUUCUUGCCCCAGCUCACUUGUAAAAUGCCUCUCCGAUCCGGCGAGAGGCAUGGUGGGGCCAUGGUGAUAUGCGCCUUAGUGCCAAUGGUCGUCAUGUUGUUUUCAGUUGAAGUUGCUGGGAUUCAAGAGGAGCAAAAAGUCGUUCAGGAGCAACAUCCUGUAGAGAAAGCUCCCAGCGAGCGGCCUGCUCUGUUAUCGGUCAGCGCUGCUGAGGCCAGUAAAGGCAACCUGGGUUUCAUCCACGCCUUCGUGGCUUCCCUCUCCGUCAUCAUUGUCUCUGAGCUGGGGGACAAGACCUUCUUCAUCGCUGCUAUCAUGGCCAUGCGUUACAAUCGCCUCACUGUCCUACUGGGUGCCAUGUUAGCUCUGAGUUUAAUGACCUGCUUGUCAGUCCUGUUCGGCUACGCCACCACCAUCAUACCACGCAUCUAUACCUACUACGUAUCGACGGCACUGUUCGCCAUCUUCGGCGUGCGCAUGCUGAGGGAGGGCCUGAGGAUGAGCCCUGAUGAAGGACAGGAGGAGCUGGAGGAGGUGCAGGCUGAGAUUAAGAAAAAGGAUGAGGAGCUGCAGCGGACCAAAAUGGCCAACGGAAUGCCGGACAUGGAGGCCGGGACGGCCACGAUGCUGCCUCAGAGGAAAUGGCACUGCAUGAUCUCCCCGAUCUUCAUCCAGGCUCUAACCCUCACCUUCCUCGCCGAGUGGGGUGACCGCUCGCAACUCACCACCAUCGUGCUGGCUGCACGUGAGGAUCCUUUUGGUGUGGCAGUGGGCGGGACAAUCGGACACUGUUUGUGCACAGGUCUGGCUGUGAUUGGUGGAAGAAUGGUUGCUCAGAAGAUUUCAGUUAGAACUGUCACAAUCAUCGGUGGGAUUGUCUUCCUCGCUUUUGCCUUCUCCGCCCUCUUCAUUAAGCCAGACUCUGGAUUCUGAUUGGAGGAGGGACUGUAAAGUUAUUUUUGUAAAUACCUCUACAGCUUGACCCUGCUCUGAAAAAGGGACUUAUUACAGAGACUCUGUGAGAGCCCACAGCUGGAUGGGAGCGUAUGUGUGAGAGACUGUGACGAUAUCGCUCCUGUGUGAAUGAGCAUCAAACCAUUAUUCUAUUGUUUCUACCAGUCAAACUCUACCACCUCUACUUUUCUCUGAAUUUACAUGGAUUCCCAUAGAAUAAUGAUCCACAGGUACUUUCAUUUGUUCUUUUCUUUUCUUUUGACACCUAACUGAUCAUUAUUUAUUAUUCUUAUUUGAAGAAGAAGACUGCUCACUCCUUUACUUGAGAAUGAAGGGUUCAUACUCAGUCCAGGCCUGAGUGUCUGCCCUAGCCAGGCAGGUUAAGGUUAAUGGUCACCUUCCUGACUGAAUGCAGAUCUCAGGGCAGCAACACAAACACACAAACACUCUAGUCACACUCUGCGCAGUGUUCAUUUGAAAUGAAAUGAACUGAAAAAUCCAUGGAUCAUGGUUAUAUGAGCCAGUAAGGAACAGAGAUGUGCUGUAGCGCUGUUGGAAUGAGGCUUUCUUCUCUGUCUGAGCCAUGUCUGUGCAGUCGUUAAUAGUGCAUCUGGAUGAACAGUCUGACACAACAGUCCAAUGUAAAUGAAUGGCCUUUCCACCCAUGAAGUGCAAAUAAAUAACGUUAUUGUCCAAGAAACACUUUACAUUCCUCUCCUCAGACAGAAUGAGCUAUUUAGGUUAGAAAUGGAAAAGGUUGGUCCCACCCUUCUUUUAGGUCAUUUUCAGUUACCCUGGUCAGUCAAGCUCGAGGUUCUUUCCAAACCUGUUGGGCUUUUCAUUGCUCAUAUUUGGUAUUUUAUUUGAAGAGAAAUAUUCUACACUGCCAAGAAAAAGUAGUUAUGGACAAUAGCAGCGAGUAAUAGAUCUAUUUCAUAAGCCACUAAACUAUU